AGAUCCCACAAUUUGGAAACAAAUUAUAGUAUACGCCAUUUUCCUUUGGAGCGAAUUUUCAUCGAUUUGAUCAUCACACUCGAGAAGCAAGGAAGAUGAGUACAACAGGCGAGAAAGGGGCAUCGACUACGAAAACCCCUGCAGAUUUCCUUAAAUCGAUUCGUGGUCGACCAGUUGUUGUGAAACUGAACUCCGGUGUUGAUUAUAGAGGUAUACUAGCUUGUCUAGACGGAUAUAUGAACAUAGCCAUGGAGCAAACGGAAGAAUAUGUCAAUGGCCAGCUGAAGAACAAAUACGGUGACGCUUUUAUUCGAGGGAAUAAUGUACUUUACAUAAGCACAUCAAAGAGGACAUUAGCAGAUGGGGCUUAGCAUUGCAACUGCAUAAAGAAAUCAAUUGUUAAAUCUACAAAUCCUUGCUUUUUGUUAUCAAUAUGUUUAUAGGAUUUUAGACAUUUGAAUGAAACAUUGAGAGUUGU